GCCAUAAUUUCAUAUUUCUAUCAGUUUAAAAUGUACAUAAAUACUUCUUAUAUUUUUAGAUGAUGCUAAAGAUUGCUGAUAUAAGGCAAAUUGAGCCAGAUAGUCCACAUGAAACACCUACUGUAAAGGCAGUGGUACUAAAUGUAGGCCAAAUACAAAAGGAACAUGGAAAAGAAAGGCUAUAUGUCGUCUUAGGGGAUGAGACUGGGAGCAUAACUGCAACAAUAUACAAUUUUGAUGUAUUUGAUAGAUUCAGGAAAAACAUGGGAGUAAUACUGAUGGAUAUCCUCCUCAAACAGUCGUACAUUGGGAUUACUAAACGUACAGAGGUUGCAGUUACUCAAGCUUUCAUCAUACCUGAUGAAGUGUUGGAGGCAGCUCCAAAACUACCAUGUGAAGCAGAUACCAUUACAGCAAUUUUGAACUCGCCAGAAAAAUCAUUGCAUUCAGUAAAUGGUAUAGUCUCAAAGGUUAGCCCAGCAACUACAAAACCGGUAGGUGGAAAUGAUGUACUAUUUCAAGAAAUAUCACUUAAAGACAGUACAGGAAAAGCGACAGUUGCAGUGUGGGAUUCUAUGGUAGAUACCAUACAGAAAGGCAAAGUAAUCAACAUCAGUAAAUGUAGAGUACGACUUUUUAAUGCAGAGAAAAAACUAUCAACAACGAAGGCUAGUGUUUUAGAGGUAGUUGCAGAGAGUGAACUUCAAGAGCUACCAAUAAGCUCUGAUGAUGAUGAUGAUGCUGACAGAACUGAUGAAGCUGCGCCUAGUCAUAUGCCAGUUGGUAGUGUUAUUGCAGUCUUCGAAGUAGAUCCUUAUCUUGCCUGUCCUAUCAACUCAUGCAAUUAG